AUGAGGGGAGAAGGGCAAAGAGGCCGCGCCGAGAUCACGGAACUAGGUAGACUAGCCGCUGUAGAUCACCAGAAAGUGUCGCAUUGGUCGCCAGAUGAUUAAGGCUAGUUGAUCACUAUCCCAUGUAGAGUAUGCUGAGUGGGUUCAUCCCUCUUAUUGCAAGGGAAUUUUGAGGGGAAGAAUUUGGUGCGGCCACUCAAAAAUCCCGGAUAGUGGAAAACUAGCGUUAAGAUGAGCCCGAUUGUUACCUGCCCUUCGAACAACUUGUCGCGGAGAUAAAACGCUUGGCCAUAGAAGAGGGCCUUCUAGGUGGACCAACAGCUACAUCUUCAAACACAACCACUAGUACAACAACUGGACAGAGUACAACAACAGAACAACCAGCUUCGUCACAGGACGUUGAGCAGGAACGGGUUGUGCGGGAGCUGACUGAUCUGCCAGCAAUCAAAGCUCACCUCCUACGGUGCUACGAACGCAAACGCCUGGCUUUUCUUACCUUCUUGGCGAAAUGCCUAUGCCGUACAGUAGAUGGGGGACUGCGACCGCGUGACUUCCUCUUUCUGAAAUACUGGACGCCGGCUCCGUUUCUUUUAAGGCUAGUAUACAGCUAAUAAGCGCAUCUUAUUCCUUAUCACACUAUCUCUAUCACAUUGAAAGAUCAUCUUUUUCCACCACUUAUACUCGCCUACUAGCUACUAGUCUACUUUUACUACUAUUAAAAAUGUUCUAUCCUUUACCUACACUCCUGUAGCGCUACUCUAUCCUUUACCUACAUUCCUUCCUUUUUCUUUUCCUAGUUAGUUUGGCUCCACCCAUACUAUUAAAAAUGUUCUUUUUCUACUUGAAAAUGAAGCACCUUGUUCCAAGGCAGGAUACUAUGUAUGAGACUCUCAGAGGAUCAUGCUCGUCUCAGGGAAGGCGCGAACGCGUUAUCAAGAAUACUGCUACUCUCAAAGGGCAGGAAGAUGCGAACUAUUGCUAGUCGUUGUAAAUGCUCUAAUCCUCAAUAUGCCAAGUGAUCGCCAUUGCCUCAACGAACUGCAAGCAGAGCUGCGCGAUUUGUAUCAGGGUAACGACAUGUGGGUCUGGAAAAAUUUGGAUGCGGAUUUGAGCCAAAAAGUGAUCUACUCAGAACUGGAGGCAGCGGUUGCGAAUUUGCUCAAAUUUCGUAGGAAAUCUCUAUUAAGGUGUGCGUAGUAGUUUUUUGCUGGAGAAUAGUAGUACAACGGAACUAACUACUUCGGUCUAGAAGUCUUCUCAACAAUUAUAUUGAAUAUUAGACUUAUCUAUCGGUAUCGCUUAGGGAGAGUAAGUUUCUUGAAUUCUAAGGCCAAUGAGAUUGUUAUGGAUUGUAGUUGUUCAACACAGACCAAGGGGGGCUCUUUCUAACUUCAGCGGCAACGACAAAAAUGCUGAAGCAAGCUGGGGGAACGAUUGCUGGCUAUUUCGAUCCCCCGACGUUGCAAAGAGCUGCUGCUUUUGCCGGAAUCUUGGGAAAUCAGUCUGCUCCACAAUCGGAGAAAGGCACUGAAAUCGCAAUGAAGAUGCAACUGCUGGAGGAACAGAUAGC